ACUAGAUCAGUCUCAGUUUGAUCAUCGAAUAAUAAACAAGAAGCUUAUAAGUGGUGAAAAAUAAGUUUUUAUAAUGCCAGAAUCAGAAAACACAAUGUAUAUCCGUUCAAAUGGAAUCAGUGCCGAGGGCACUAGAGAUCAAUAUGCGGAUGGAAAGGCUGCAAAGGUUUGGGAGGUCUUCAUUGGCGAUACAAAAGUCCGUACAAUGAAUUAUCGUAACUUCUUAGUAAACAUGCUGCGCAAUAGAGGCUGUCGAAGGAUUCUUGAUGUGGCUUGUGGAACUGGAGUUGACUCAAUCAUGCUUGUUGAGGAAGGCUUUGAAGUUGUGUCGUGUGAUGCUUCUGAUAAAAUGUUAAAAUAUGCUCUUAAAGAGAGAUGGAAUCGCAGGAAGGAAAUGAGUUUUGAGAAUUGGGUCAUUGAAGAAGCAAACUGGCUGACUCUUUAUGAUGAUAUCAAGGAUCACGUCAAAGGUGGAUUCGAUGCAGUCAUUUGCUUAGGAAAUUCGUUCGCUCACAUGCCUGAUAAUUUUGGUGAUCAACGCGAACAAAAACAAGCAAUUACAAACUUUGAGAAAUGCCUUCGACCAGGCGGACUGUUGUUCAUUGAUCAUCGUAAUUAUGACUCAAUCAUGGAAACUGGAAGUGCACCUAGCAAGAGCAUUUAUUAUAAUAGUAAGCACAUGACAGACAUUAAAACGUCAGUUCUGAUUGUCGCUGGAAAGCCUGCAAUGGUUUCACUCGAUUAUUUAAUAUCGACAGGUGACGAAACGAGUGAAUUCCGUCUUUCAUAUUAUCCACAUCAAUUGGAAGUAUUCAAGAAAAUUUUAAGAGACAUUUUCGGACAUAAUAGCUAUCAUGAAAUUUUUGGAGAUUUUAAGGAACUUCGUGAUAAUGAUAAUCCAGCUUUUUACAUUCAUCUUAUCGAAAAGUCUGAAUAGAAUCUUUUGUUGCCGCAAGAAGUUACGAUGUUGUUGCCGAAAAGUUAAACAUUCAAAAUAUUAUUUAACAAGUAGUGAUAAGGAUAGACGUAAGAAGAGUGAAAGAAGUGACAAAAUGGAGAGCAAUAAGAUUACACAAAUUAGUUAUAAAGGUAUUGAUGAUUGUAGUGUUAAUGAUUAUUCAGCAUCUUCUAAAAUUUAAAGUAAUAAAGAUUAAUGCAAUAGAUUUUAAUGACAA